AUGAAAUUCAAGGAAAGUGUAAGAGGGAAGCCAUUGAUGGUUUUGCCCACAACUUCUUUAGUUGAUGAAUUUGAAGUGUUUGGUAGAGAUAAGGAUAAAGAGAAGCUAAAAGAAUUUUUGCUUGCUGGUAAUGCACAAAAAGAAAACAGAAUCCCUGUGAUUGCAAUUGUUGGGAUUGGUGGGGUUGGCAAGACAACCCUUGCUCAGCUUUUGUGUAAUGACUCAGAGGUAGAAAAAUCAUUUAACUUUAGAGCAUGGGCUUAUGUUUCAGAAGAAUUUGAUGUUUUAAAAAUAACUAGAACCGUUUUUGAGUCGGUUGCGUCAAGGAAUUGUAAUGUGAAAGACCUGAAUGUUCUUCAAGUCAAACUAAAGGAGAGAUUGAAAGGAAAGAGAUUUUUGCUUGUUUUAGAUGACAUUUGGAAUGACAAUUUUAUUGAUUGGGAUUUGUUGUUAAGCCCCUUAAAAGCUGGAGCCUGUGGAAGUAUAAUUAUUCUGACAACUCGUAAUCAAAGUGUUGCAUCAAUGAUGCGCGCUGUAGUUACUUAUCGUCUGUUGCAUUUGUCAGAUGAAGACUGUUGGUCACUAUUUGCAAAACAUGCAUUUAGGACCAGCAACCCUGAGAAACAUCCAACAUUAAAAAGGAUUGGUGAGAAAAUUGUGAAAAAGUGUAAAGGCUUGCCUUUAGCUACAAAAGUACUUGGAGGCCUCUUGCACCCAGAAGUAGAAGCUGUGGAAUGGAAUAGAAUACUGAAUAGCAAGAUAUGGGAGCUUUCUACUGAUAAGAGUAGCAUACUCCGUGCUUUGAAGUUGAGCUAUUAUCAUCUACCUCCACAUCUCAAACAAUGCUUUUCUUAUUGUUCGAUAUUUCCCAAGGGAUAUGAGUUUGAAAAAGAGAAAUUGGUUCUCAUGUGGAUGGCAGAAGGUUUCUUGCAGCAUCAAAAAGGUAAAGACACCAUGGAAGAUGUUGGGUGCAGGUAUUUUCGUGAGCUAAUAUCAAGAUCAUUUUUUCAACCAUCAAAUCGCAACAAAUUGUGCUUUGUGAUGCAUGACCUUAUCAACGAUUUAGCUCAAUUUGCAUGUGGAGAAUUUUGCAUGGUCAAUUAA